AUGGCUGCAGAUCCAGCGGAGGGCGCGGGCCCACCUCGACCCCCAGCAGCCAACAAGCGGUUGAUAGUAUGCUGCGACGGAACAUGGAACGACAGCAUAAGCACAGACUCGCCGGUAACCAACGUCAGCCGCAUUUCCAGAUGUAUUCCUGGCCUCAGCGAUACAGGUGUUGUGCAGCUCGUUUCAUACCAUACUGGCGUUGGUUCCGGAACGUCCAAGCCCGGAAAUAUCAUUGACGGUAUGACUGGCAGAGGCGUAUCGGCGAAUAUUCGAGAUGCAUAUUCGUUUCUCUGCCACAAUUAUCUGGAAGACGAGCGCAAUAAGGACGAGAUCGUACUGAUAGGCUUCUCUCGGGGAGCCUUUACUGUGCGGAGCAUUGCGUCUUUCAUGACAGAUGUGGGCCUGCUCGAGAAGGCUGGACUGAACUAUAUGCUCAAACUGUAUGGACUAUGGUCAAAUCAGUUAUCCAGGAAGCGAGAGAAAGACGCGAUGUUUCCCGGUAUACCCCCUAGCACACCCAAAAUUCGAAUGCGCCGCCUUUGUCGACUGCUAGAAGAUAGGAAUCUGCUUCGGAGGGGUGUAAAGAUUAAGGUUUGUGCUGUCUGGGAUACCGUUGGUUCGCUCGGCGUCCCAUUGCCAGGGCCAAUUCCGCAACGAGCCUCUAAGAAAUUGGCCUUUGUGAACUCGGCAUUACUUGAAAACAUCGAUGUCGCCGUCCAAGCUCUAGCCCUGAACGAGCAUCGCAAACACUUUCAACCUACCGUAUGGAGUACCAACUCAAGAACCAAACUGAGGCAAUGCUGGUUUCUCGGUGCCCACAGCGAUGUUGGAGGCGGUUACGAAGACACCGGCCUUGCAAAUCUCACGUUAGUCUGGAUGAUCGCCCAACUAACCGAAUUCGUGUACUUCGAUCAUAGGGCACUGCUUCAUCUUGCUUCUCACAAGCAGAUUGGGAGCACGGAGAAGUUUGUGACCAAAGAACGGGAAUUUGGGAUAGGUAACAUCAAGAACUCUGUAACAGGGCCGUUCCUCCUAGGCGGCACAAAAUCUCGGAAACCAGGUCAAUAUUUGAUGAAUACCCAUGGCUUAUACAGAAACCCUAAAACCGUACCUAUAUCUACCAACGAGACCAUACAUUGGACCGUUCGCGUUUUGCUUGGAUUGGGUCUGAGAGAAUGCCCCGCUUUGCGUAAAUAUUCCACAAAACUGCAAAAUGGUACAGGAAUAGUCUGGACGCUACAUUCGAAGGGAAAUGUUCCGAGGGCCGUGGAGCUGCGUGAAGAUGAAUUCUGUGCGCUGGAGAAAGACCUAUUGGAAUCUUGGAUGAAAGCAGAAGGCUAUGAGCAACACGCCGGCGCAAAUUCUGGGGUGUCGUUGGGGCUCUUUUCCGAAGCAAAGAAGUAUAUGUCUCUUUCGGAGAUCUUGAUACCAUGGCUUGGGGAGACACAAAAGCCGACGGUCCACUUUCCGGCGCGCGUCUUGCUGGAACCCGACGAAGCAAUUACCGUGGGAUCAUGA